AAAGGAUUUGACAUGAUCAAUCCACCCUCUCAGGAAUCUAUUGAAGAUUUUUUUAAAAAAUACGGUAAAGUUGUUAAAGUAACGCCCCGCAAGAAUGAUGAAAAAUUUAAGGGAUCGUACUUUAUACAAUUUGAAGAACACGAAGAAGCGAAAAGGAUAUCAGAGAUGGAUCUGUUUUUUAAUAGUGUAAAAUUAAUAAUAAUGAUGAAGUUUGAUUAUUGUGAAAUGAAAUGCGUUGAAAAAGGGAUGGAUCCUGAUACCAUGCGCAAACAAAAACCGCAACCGCAUAUUCAGAAAACUAGAUCAAAAUUAACCCCUAAAUAUGAAAAGAAUUGCUUAUUACAUUUUGAGGGAGCUGGACCUAAUGCUCGUUGGGAAGACAUUAAGACUAAAAUGGGGGCAGAUUACGGUAGUGUGGUAUUUGUCAAAUUAGAACAACAACUUAAAAGCGGAAUAAUCCAAUUUAAAGAUCCAAUCGCCUCAAAUGUUGCGUCCUCAAUUUCAAAUGACAACAUGGAAUUUGAUGGUGUCAAGCCUGUCUUUACAGUGCUCCAAGGUGAAGAAGAAAGAAUAUAUUAUUUGAAUAGGCAAAAAGCUGACGAAAAAAAGAAAUUUAAUCACGCAAAAAUGAAUAAUGCACAAAAAAAGGUUGAUGAUAAAAAUGAUUCCUCUGAUUGCUCAUCCACAUCAGUAGUAAAGGUUGGGGGUAAAGAUGAUGCCGGAAUCGUUGAUUGUUCAUCCACAUUA